UCUCGAGUGCGGUUCGAUGCGGAAGCUUUCUCGUGGCCCAACCAAACAAUAAUAACAAACGUAAUUUAAACAAUUAAUCAAAACGCGGCGAUCGAUGGAUAUUGUUAUUGCGACUGCAGGAGAAAUACAGACAGAUCAAAAUGUUUGUUUAAUUGCAUGCCAGCCGCAGAAAACCAGCGACGAUACGACAAGUGCCAGUGAAUUAUUGUACUUAAUUUAACGUACAAAUGCCAAAGCGCAAGUGUGUGUGCGUAGAGUCCGGCAGAGGAGUGUCAGUGUGUGCGUGAGCGGAUUUAUCAAUUGCUCCACAUAAAAGUUUUCAUUGAAGUGUUUGACAGCAAAGAAUUCCAAAUUCCAGCGUGGAAGAAGCAGCAACAACGGAGGAAAACAGGGACGCAGCUUAAAACGCAGCCAGCAGAGCGAAAGAGACAGCCGGAGAUCGCCAGAGAGAGAGGGCAAAUCGAAUCGGUUGACGACGGCGGAGGUUUGACAAUAUGUUGAGCCCCCAUAAUGAAGGAAAUUGAUACGGAGACAACAGUAGUAUGGCCAGCCUGGUGUUAUUCCGGUAACGCACCCACCGACAUACUGCAGCAGAAGCCAGCCAAGGCCACCACCGCCAUUGUGGGCGGUCGCAGCGCAGCCCAACCGGCGACCCACGACGACCAGCAAGCGGCCACGACAGCCGCUGCAGCCACCAAGCGGACGCACCUCGAGCGGCUGGCCAGCGAUCUGCGGCAGCUGGGUCAGAAGGGCAGGAGCAGCAGUUCGGAAGGCCCCGUUUCAUACACCUCCCUUGCGGUCACUGCCAAAAUGCUGAGCGAGCGGUCGCUACUGCUCAGCGGUUAUGGGGCCAUCGAGAGUAGCGCCAAGAAGCUGAGCGAGGCGGCCACCGGUGGUGCGGGUGGUGGUGGUGGUAGUGGUGGUGCGGUUAGUCAGGCCGCCACGCCAUCCACCGCCCAUCUGGGUGCACCCUCCUCAGCUGCCUCCUCCUCGUCCUCCGCCGCCGUCACCACCUGCACCACCAAUGCGAACACCACUGCAUCCGUGGCUGCUGCCUAUGCCGCUCUCUAUUUGGAGAAGGUCAAGAAUGAGAAGUUGUCGCCGUUGCAGAUGGACAAUCACAAGGAUGCGCCGAUGGUCACCAUUCACAACAACAACAACAAUAACACCAUCAACAACAACAACAGCAGCAGUAGCAGUAGCAACAUCAGCAACCACCAAUCGAGUCAAUCACAACACCAAGCACACCACCUGGGCCACGGCGUCAAAAGGGAGCGGCUCAGUCCAGGGAGCAACAGUAGCAGCCACAACGGCGAACUCACCGUCAGCUCAUUUGCCAGAUCUCGCAGCGCCACUCCCUCCUCGUCAUCGUUUCGUGGUGGCGGCGGUGGUGGUGUCUCACCCAGCCAGCAACAACAACAGCAACAGUCCCAGCAGCAACAGCAACAGCAACAACAACAACAACGCCUUAGUCCGCCCAGUGGCCCAGCAACGACAACAACAACAACAGCAACAUCAUCAUCAUCAGCAGCAGCAGCCACACACAUGCCGCUGCACAAUUUGUCAACGAAUUUGCUAAAUAGCAUUCAGCAGGCUGCUGCCAGUCAGCAACAUCGCAGCAACAGCAACAGCAGCAACAUCAGUGGCAGCAGCAACACCGCCAAAACAGAGGGUGCUGCAGCAUCGAAUGCCACGGAUUUCUCCACCCGCAACUAUUCGGACAUCAUGCGAUGCCUGGCGGCCAAGUACAACAAUACAAAUCCCAAUGACAACAAUGCAACACGACGCAAUUCCUACUACGACAGCGGCAACAGUGGCGGCACUUCGGCGGCCACAGCCAGCGGAGGAGGAGCGGCGGGGGCAGCAACCUCUGCCCCAAGUUCCGCCUCCACCAAGUCGGCCAGCAGCAACAGUUGCACCACCACCACUACCACUGCCAAGAAGCUCUCACCAUCGGCCUCAUCAGCUGCUAAUGUUGCCCCCGUCAAUCUGCCUAAGGAGACCAAAGUGAGUGUGGCCGGUGGUGCAGGUGGUGUGGGUGGUGCUGCAUCCACUGGUUCGGCCCUGUCGCAGCUCGCCCCUCCCCCCGCCACCCCAUCGCCCACGGAGCAGGCCAAGAGCCAAAUGGCCGCGGUGGUGGCAGCAGCGAGUGUCUCGCCGUUUAUGACCAACUUUCUGCCCUUCUCGUCCGGCAUUUUCCCGCCGCUGAUAGACAUGAGCAGCACUCAGGCACUGCUGACGCUGGCGCGUGCUGUCAAAGAUGCCGAAAUCCAGGAGAUUCUGCGCAGCAAGCAACAUCGCUCCGGGUCGAAUGCCUCGUCGCCCAGUGCGAGUGCGACGGGCACGCCGCGUUCCAGUUCCACUCUGAAUGCCGCACUGCAUCAGGCUGCCCAAUUUGUUACACCCGCUCUGAUCUACUCGGCGCAACUGCAACAGCAGCAGCAACAUCAGCGGAAGCAGCAACCGCAUCACGCUUCGCGGCAGUCUAGUCCACGUUCCACCAACGAUUCCUCGACGGUGGCGCCCAUCGGUGGCGGUGGCUCCUCGAUUGCGUCGGCGGCGCCAUUGGAUUUGAGCUCCCAGCCGCCGGCCGCCAAGCGAUUUAAGGCCGAGCGUCGCGCCAGCUCCACGGCCACCACUGCAACAACAGCGACCACUGGCUCAUCUGCAUCCACACCAUCCCCGCCACCGUUGGAGCAGCACGACGAGAUGAAUUCUGGUAACGCCAACGCGGGAAUGGGCUCGGCAUCGGGCGAGGGAUCGGGAGCGGGACCUGGAUCGGGAACGGGACCGGGAUCGGGAGCCGGGACAGGAGCUGGCAAGGCCCGAAGACGGUGUCAGGCGCAGAGCGAGGAGGUUAACUCCUGGUCCGUCGACGAUGUGUGCGGCUUUGUGGGCGGAAUUGAUAUAUGCGCCGAAUACGUUCAGUCGUUUCGUGAUCAGUCCAUCGAUGGCACUGGCCUGCCGCUCUUAACCGAGGAUCACUUGGUCAACUCGCUGGGCAUGAAGCUGGGGCCGGCUCUCAAGCUGCGCUCCAUAUUGGCGAAGAAAUUGGGCGGGCCGUGCCCGUGUGUUGCAUGCGUUGCGCAGGCGCAACAAAUGCUGGCACUGCAAACGGGUGGGGCAGCACCAGCAGCAACAGCAGCAACAGCAACAGCAACAACAGCAGCAGCCACAACUAGUUGCAGCAUUAAGUCGGAGAUAUUUAAUGGCGGCAGCAACGGCAGCAGCAGCAGCAACAGCAAUCAGGGCAGCGAUAUUGCAGCUACGCCAGCAACAGCCAGCUCGCCCAGCAGCAACAUGUUGCUGCCAGUGUUGCCGUGCAGCAACCUGCACGACGCCAGCUAGUUAUCAGCGGUCCACAUAAAUAUUUAUGCUACAAAAAUUGCAUUUCAACUGCAAAACUGCUGUACCAAAUGAGCUUUCAAAAAAAAACACAAGCAAAUCAGAUUGGAGAGAAUACCUAUUGUAUAAAUUAAACAAUAAAUUUGUAAUUUAAUGGCUA